GAAAAAGCAAGGCGAGGCCAGAAGAUAUCAAACAGACAGCUAGAGUGAGACAGACAGAAAGUCAGUCAGUCUGACAGACAGACAAUAAGCAGAGACGGAUGUUGUCUGGAAUUAUUCAUUAAAUUAACAUCAGAAGCAGGAGUUAAUAACAAGAAGACUGAAGAAUUGCCCCAGGAUGCCAGGAUGGCGCCUUUGCUGCCCCCUGUUGGUUCGGAGGUCUUCAGACGCUUCACUCCAUCCUCGUUGGAGGAGAUCCUUAAACAUCACAAACUCCUGGAGAAGGAGCAACAGAGCAGGAAGGAGAAGAACAUAGAGAUAGCGGAGGAAGAUCUUCCUAAGCCAGCCAGCGACCUAGAGGCCGGAAAGCCACUCCCAUUUAUCUAUGGAGACCCACCUCCUGGACUUAUCAACACCCCAUUAGAGGAGCUGGAUCCCUUCUACAAAUCGCUGAAGACAUUCAUCGUUCUCGGUAAAGGAAACAUCAUCUAUAGGUUCAAUGCUGAGUCAGCCUGUUACCUGCUCAGUCCAUUCAACCCUCUGAGGACUAUCGCCAUCCGGAUCCUAAUCCACUCUUUAUUCAGUUGGUUCAUAAUGGUAACAAUUCUGGCCAACUGUGCAUUCAUGACUCUGGGUGACCCUCCAGCGUGGAGCAAAACUGUGGAAUACGUGUUCACCUUCAUCUACACGUUUGAAGCUACAAUCAAAGUUCUGUCAAGAGGAUUCUGUGUUGGUGGUUUUACCUUCCUGAAGGACCCAUGGAACUGGUUGGACUUCAUGGUCAUCAGCAUGGCAUACGUGACAGAGUUUGUCGAUUUGGGAAACGUUUCUGUUUUGAGAACGUUCAGAGUACUUCGAGCUCUGAAGACGAUCACAGUCAUCCCUGGCCUCAAGACGAUAGUCGGAGCUCUCAUUCAAUCAGUGAAGAAGUUGGCCGACGUCAUGAUUCUGACCGUGUUCUGCCUCAGCGUCUUCGCUCUAAUUGGUCUGCAGCUUUUCAUGGGAAACCUCCGUCAGAAAUGCGUCCUGAUCUCACCGCUGUUGCUUAGUAACAACAUGUCUGACCCCCACAUUGGUACCGAUUACCACAGUGACAACAACACCAAAAGCAACCAUACAGGAAGGGGUGACUUUGAUUACUCCGAGUACAUCAAUAACCCAGAGAACUACUACUACCAGCCAGGUCAACUUGAUGCUCUGUUGUGUGGUAACAGCUCUGAUGCCGGGGUCUGUCCUGAGGGUUACAUCUGUCUAAAAGCUGGAAGAAACCCAAACUACGGAUACACCAGCUACGACUCGUUUGGUUGGGCCUUUCUGUCUCUGGUCAGACUGAUGACCCAGGACUUCUGGGAAAACCUGUUCCAGCUGACCCUGCGAGCAGCUGGUAAGACCUACAUGAUGUUCUUUGUGGUGGUCAUCUUCCUCGGCUCCUUCUACCUUAUUAACCUCAUCCUGGCGGUGGUUGCAAUGGCAUACGCCGAGCAGAACGAGGCCACCAUGGCCGAGGCUAAGCAAAAGGAGGAGGAGUACGCUCAGAUCCUGGAGAUGCUGAAGAAUAGAGAGGAGGAGCAGGCGGCCUGCAAGGCGGAACUCUCAGAGGAACAACAUACAGCACCACAGAAGAAGACUUCUUCGGAAGAAAUUAAAGGCCAUGAGCACGAACACACAACCAUGGAAGACUUUGCAGACGACCAGAGGCCGUGCCUUCCAGGUUGGUAUGUCUUCUCUGACAUCUUCCUGAAAUGGAACUGCUGUGGCUGCUGGCGGAAGCUCAAACAGUUCCUCUACACCAUUGUCAUGGACCCUUUCAUUGACCUCGGAAUCACCAUCUGCAUCGUCCUCAACACCAUCUUCAUGGCCAUGGAGCAUUACCCCAUGACUGAGGAGUUUGAGGAGCUUCUGAGCAUCGGGAAUCUGGUCUUCACAGGGAUCUUCACAGCUGAGAUGGUCCUUAAACUUCUGGCUAUGGACCCUUACUACUACUUCCAGGUGGGCUGGAACAUCUUUGACAGCAUCAUUGUCACCAUGAGUCUUGUGGAGCUGGGAUUGGCUGACGUCCAGGGCCUGUCUGUGCUGCGUUCCUUCCGAUUGAUGCGAGUCUUUAAGCUGGCCAAGUCGUGGCCGACCCUCAACAUGUUAAUAAAGAUCAUUGGGAACUCGGUGGGGGCUCUGGGGAACCUAACUCUGGUUCUGGCCAUCAUCGUCUUCAUCUUCGCAGUUGUUGGCAUGCAGCUGUUCGGGAAGAACUACAAAGAGUGCGUCUGUCGCAUCUCACUUGACUGCGAACUUCCCCGCUGGCAUAUGGACGACUUCUUCCAUGCCUUCCUCAUCAUCUUCAGGAUCCUGUGUGGAGAGUGGAUUGAAACCAUGUGGGACUGCAUGGAGGUCUCAGGUCAGACCAUGUGUCUGAUUAUCUUCAUGAUGGUCCUUGUCAUCGGAAAUCUGGUGGUCCUGAAUCUCUUCCUGGCUUUGUUGCUGAGUUCGUUCAGUGGUGAUAAUCUUGCAGCUCCAGAAGAAGAAGGAGAAAACAAUCUUCAGAUUGCCAUAAACAGACUCAGUUGGGCUGUGGCUUGGGCAAAAAAAUGGAUCCUGGAACAAUUCUGGACUCUCACCGGAAAGAGGAACGACCUUGAUCUAAACCCCCCUGGGGUUGACAGUAAAGAAGACAACAGGAUGACGGGGGAGAUUUUGCCUUUGACCUUUGUGACUUUGGGCCAGCCAUUGUCAAAGAUCAAGUCCCUUGACUAUAACCAUGGCAACAUGGUCCCUAUUGCAGAGGCCGAGUCUGACCUAGAGACGGCAGACAAUGAUGAAGCGGAGGAAGAUGAGGAGGAAGAAACGCAGUCCAAUUGUGACGACUCAUCGGUCUGCAGCACCAUACAGAAACCUCCUGAGGCUCUUGAGGAUGCAGAAAAGGAAGAGCAUGAAACAAACAGCCCUGAGGACUGUUUCACCGACGAUUGUUACAGACGCUGUCCGUUCCUGGACAUAGACACGUCCCAGAGCAGAGGGAAGGUGUGGUCUAACAUCAGGAGAACCUGCUUCUUCAUUGUAGAACACAACUACUUUGAGACCUUCAUCAUUUUCAUGAUUCUGCUUAGCAGUGGAGCUCUGGCGUUUGAAGACAUCUACCUGGAGCAGCGGCGGGUCAUAAAGACAAUCCUGGAAUAUGCAGACCAGGUGUUCACCUACGUGUUUGUAGUAGAGAUGAUUCUAAAGUGGGUCGCCUAUGGAUUCAAGACUUACUUCACCAACGCCUGGUGCUGGCUCGACUUCCUUAUUGUAGAUGUGUCUCUGGUGUCUCUGACAGCAAACAUCUUGGGAUACUCGGAGCUGGGCGCCAUCAAGUCGCUGAGGACUCUGAGAGCUCUAAGGCCACUGAGGGCACUGUCUCGCUUCGAGGGCAUGAGGGUGGUGGUAAACGCCCUUGUUGGAGCCAUCCCCUCCAUCUUCAAUGUGCUGCUGGUUUGUCUGAUCUUCUGGCUCAUUUUCAGUAUCAUGGGAGUGAAUCUGUUUGCAGGAAAGUUUUAUCAUUGUUUUAAUGAGACGUCUGCGGAGAUGUUUCUCCCCGAAGACGUCAACAACAAGAGCGAGUGCUUCGCUCUGAUGAAGGCAAAUUUCACUGAGGUGCGCUGGAAGAAUAUAAAGGUCAACUACGACAAUGUGGGAAUGGGCUACCUGUCACUGCUGCAAGUGGCUACUUUUAAGGGCUGGAUGGACAUCAUGUACGCAGCUGUGGACUCCAGAGACGUGGAGUCCCAGCCGAUAUAUGAGACCAAUUUGUACAUGUACCUUUACUUUGUCAUCUUCAUCAUCUUUGGCUCCUUCUUCACCCUCAAUCUUUUUAUCGGAGUCAUCAUAGACAACUUCAACCAGCAGAAAUCUAAGUUGGGAGGAACAGAUCUUUUCAUGACAGAGGAGCAGAAGAAAUACUACAACGCCAUGAAGAAACUUGGUUCUAAGAAACCUCAGAAACCGGUUCCACGACCCGAGAACAAGUUCCAAGCUUUGGUUUUUGACCUGGUGACCACACAGCUUUUUGACAUCUUCAUUAUGGUGUUGAUCUGCCUCAACAUGGUGACCAUGAUGGUGGAGACCGAUGAGCAGAGCAAAGAGAAGGAGAUGAUCUUGUACUGGGUCAACCUUGUUUUCAUCAUCGUUUUCACUACAGAGUGCUCUCUGAAGAUGAUCGCUCUACGGCAGCACUACUUCGCUGUCGGAUGGAACAUCUUUGACUUUGUUGUCGUCAUCCUGUCCAUUGUAGGCCUUCUCCUUGCUGACAUCAUAGAGAAAUAUUUUGUUUCUCCCACGCUCUUCCGUGUUAUCCGAUUGGCUCGUAUCGGCCGAGUCCUUCGUCUCAUUCGUGGAGCCAAGGGGAUCCGGACACUGCUGUUUGCCCUGAUGAUGUCACUUCCUGCCUUAUUUAACAUCGGCCUGCUACUCUUCCUAAUCAUGUUUAUAUUCUCCAUCUUUGGAAUGUCUAACUUUGCAUACGUGAGGAAAGAGGCCAUGAUCGACGACAUGUUUAACUUUGAGACAUUUGGGAACAGCAUGAUCUGUUUGUUCAUGAUCACCACGUCGGCCGGGUGGGAUGGUCUGCUCAAUCCCAUCAUGAACACACCACCGGACUGCGACCCGAACUUGGAGAACCCUGGAUCCAUGGUCCGCGGAGACUGUGGCAGCCCGGCGUUAGGCAUCGUCUUCUUCACCACCUACAUCAUCAUGUCCUUUCUAGUUGUGGUCAACAUGUACAUCGCUAUCAUCCUGGAGAACUUCAACGUGGCUACAGAGGAGAGCGCUGAUCCGCUGUGUGAGGAUGACUUUGAGAUGUUCUAUGAAACGUGGGAGAAGUUUGACCCCGAUGCUUCUCAGUUCAUACAGUACAGCAAGCUGUCAGAUUUCUGUGACACUCUGAAGGAUCCUCUGAGGAUUGCCAAACCCAACACCAUUAAACUGAUCCACAUGGAUCUGCCACUGGUUCCUGGAGACAAGAUCCACUGUUUGGACAUCCUGCUGGCUCUCACUGCACAGGUUCUGGGUGAUUCAGGAGAAAUGGACACUCUCAAAGCUAGCAUGGAGGAGAAGUUUAUGGCCAAUAAUCCCUCCAAGGUGUCAUAUGAACCAAUCAGCAGCACUCUACGGAGAAAACAGGAAGAGGUGGCAGCGAUGGUGAUCCAGAGAACGUACAGGAAACACCUAUUAAAGCGAACCGUCAAAUUGGCCUCGUACAAAUACCGAGAGAAGACGCAUGGGAGGCGAGACAUGUUGUCGCCGACUGAGACUGAAGGACUUCUCUUUAAACGUAUCAGUCAGCUGUACGCGGACAGUGAGGACACAGAGGAGCCCGGAUCAGGGGUUUCAGGUGAGGGUCCUCUCACCCGGGUGGAGCUUCAGAGUGAGUAUCUCCUCCAUGCUUCUCCUACCCUCUAUACGUCCAACUUUUUGCCGGAUGACAACCUGAGGGAGUCCAUCGUCUGAUGUUUGACAUCUUUCUCCUUAUUGCCCUUUGUAUGACCUCACCGGUCGGAGGAGCAGUAGACUUAUAUCUCUUUGUCAGACGGUUGUCAGAUCCUGACCUUUAUGGCUUUUCACACUCAAGUUUCACAAUCACUGUGUUUUCAUUUUGCAAACUUUACAGAUCAACUUGAGUUUAUAAGUAACAGUAAUUAUGGUGUUGGGAAGUGGUGUGUUGGUAGUGUAGUGUUGCUGCAUUUCAUAAAUAUCUUUGAGGUGGCGUCGCUGUUUUCUGAAUCAAGCUUUUCAGCAUUUUAACAAUUUCUAAAUCACAAUUUCAGCAGAACAUCCUGCUGCAGUUUGAAUUAAAACUGGGAGGAAUCACCAAGUGAGGCUCCCGAGACACACAGACACGAAGACAGAAGCACUUAUGCAAUUAAAUAACUGGUGCCUACAAUGUCAGGAAAUACAAACCUAUUUUUACUUGGAUGGGCAAAGGUAAAUUAUAAAGUUACCAUCAUCUGUUCAAAUGUAAUCUUUUCAAAUAUUUUUUAUGGGAAACUUGAAUGAAUGCACUUUAACCUAUGAGAAAGGAUAUUAUGAUUACAAUCUUUUUUCUUUGAUGCACUGUUAACAGAUCGAUACUGUAAAUACAUUGUAUCACAUCGAUACGAUUGGUGUCGGAUAUUUUGUAUCAGAUUGAAGAAGACAAGUGACAUAAAUCCUGGGUGUGCGGAAGAAAGCAAGAAUAUACAAACCGGGCAGUAGCUAUAUUACUGUACAUACAGAUAAUAUUUUAAAACGAAUUCUAAGGUCCUUAUGGAACAGAUUGAUGUUUCUAAUUUUGACAAGAAUGGAGGGUUUUAACACUGCAUUAGAUUAUUUUCUCUAAACCAUGACAUUAAUAUGAGGAUCAGUGAGCUGUCAGCACAUUGCAGCACAUCUGCAUUGAUGAGCUUUAUUGUGGCUGGUAGCUAUGACUAAUUAAUACCAGAGUAUAUUUGGAGUCUUUCAUAAUUCAGCUGUAAGAUAACAUGAUGUCCGUAAUGAAAUAGAAAUAAAUAGAGUGCAUGAAAGAUGUUCUGGGAUGUACAUGUGAAAAGUUGAUAUAAUAAAAAUUUAACAACAAUAUAGCCUUCUUUUCAAAACUGAAGCAGCUGUUUUCUUUCUUUCUUGAUUAUUUCAUGUAUUUCUGUAUUUGUGGUGUAUCAGUGUUUAUUCAAUUAUUUAUUUGAUUUUUUAUCUGUGCAGUAAACCAAAAACCAAACUAAAUGUGAUUGGUAGAUUAGUGUCAUGUCAUAGGGUUAGCCCUUGUGAGAAAAGUAUCUUAAACUGGUUUGUGAUUAAGUACCUAUUACUAACUAGAAAAUGGAAAAAUCAUGAAGAUUACAGAAUUCAUCAACACAAGCCGUAAGUACAGACAGAGGACUUAAUUCAGUUGAAAAGGGACAUGGGGGAAAAGGGAAGUGUUCCUUCUCCCUUACAGGACCAGGAAGAUCUGACAAAGCUCUGUGGUGUGAGUCUUAAUACACAUCACAGAGGUUUAUGUUGUCCAAUUAGAAGACACUACUGCACUUCCCUGCACAAGCUUUUGGUCAACAAACUCUUUGUCUACAUGAUGUUUAUUUAACAUUAGCUUUUAGUCUAUAUAAUAUUUGUUAACAAGCUGUUAACAAGCAUAAGAUAAACUUGUUCAUUCUUGUUGUGUCCCCUCUCCAGUUUCACAAGGAUCUGUGCUGAACUCUGUGGUUGUAUCAUUUUCACAGAGUGUUGAAUAAAGUCAGUUUCCAUGUGAUGUAACUCCUCUUUGCUAAAUGUCUGACCUCAGCUCAGUGGCACUUGUGAAUAAAUUCAGAUCUUUGAGCACAAAAACAUCCAACAUCUGACUUUGUUUUCUACAGGAAAAAAGGUUUUUAAAUGUUUACAAAAGCAAUGCCAUUCCUUUAAAUCUUCUGAAAUAGAAAACAUCAAUUAGAAUUAUGACCGUUUAAAGAACUGUCACAAACCCUUAGGUUGGGGCCUGGGACUGGUCUUCUGCCUGUUCCCAAAGUCCAAACUAAACAACUACUUUGCCAUAAUGAUCUUUACUGUUUGCUGGUGAUUCCCACUAAUUUCUACUGGUCUCUACUGUACUUUAAUGGCCUCCACUGUACUGUACUCUGCUGAUAUUUUCCUGUGUCGACUGUAAAGCCCUCUGAGGCAUAUUUCUAAUUUGUGAUUUUGGUCUGAUCAAAAUAAAAUGAAUUGAAAAAAAAAUACUUGAGCUCUACUGGUCUCCCUAACCUCUACUGAACUGUAAUGAUCUCUACUGCAUUCUAAUGCACUUCGUUGUACUUUAUUUAACUGUAUUGAUUUAUUGUCCAUCUCUCCUACUGAAGGGAUUGGUUGGAUAUGGUUGGUAAUAAAGCGUUCUUGUAUUUCUCAUUUCCAGUGUUCCAAUCAAUCAAAGCUCUUUAAGUCUAAAUGUUGUCAUUCGUCUGUUCAUCCUCAUUCACUCACUACCAUAACUAAUCAUUCAAACUCUGAAAGCUGCCAUAAUUAUUCAUACGCUGAUAACUUUUUCACUGAUCCACAUCUCUCCCUGUACCUCAGAGAUUUCUCUCAGUAGCAACUGCUGAUUAAUUUAUCACCAGUUAAAUAUUAUAUUGAAUUAAUAUUGAAAAAUGCUUUUUACUUGUAGCUCUACAUCUUUAAGGUAAACAAAAAUCAAUUCAACGUCACCAGCCAGUCUUUCAUGUUUAACCAAUACUAUUGUUAGGGUGUAAAUGUU